CAUUUGACGAUGUCUCCAUCUACUUUUCCACUCCAGAGUGGGAAAAAUUAGAAGAAUGGCAAAAGGAACUUUACAAGAAUAUCAUGAAGGGCAACUACGAGUCUCUCAUCUCCAUGGAUUAUGCCAUGAGUCAACCUGAUGUCUUAUCUCAGAUUCAACCAGAAGGAGAACAUAAUACAGAGGACCAGGCAGGCCCAGAGGGGAGUGACAUUGCUGCAGUCCCCAAUGAAGAGCCUGGACUUUCAACAUCAGAUAUUCUGUCUUGGAUCAAGCAGGAGGAGGAGCCUCAGGUUGGGCCCCCCCAGGAGGCCAAGGAGAGCGAAGUGUACAAAGGCACCUAUGCUGAGGAGGAGCUUGUCAUCAAAGCUGAAGGCCUUGUUCCAACUGCCUUGUGCCCUGAGGUUCCAGUCACCUUCUCUGUGGCCCCAGCAGCAGCCUCAAAGGAUGCUUUCUCAGAUGUGGCAUUCAAAAGCCAGCAAUCUACACCCAUGACAUCUUUUGGACGUGCAGUCACCGACCUGCCCGAGGCCUCAGAGGGACAAGUGACAUUCACUCAAUUGGGAAGCUACCCACUCCCGCCUCCCGUUGGAGAGCAGGUGUUCUCCUGCCACCACUGUGGCAAGAGUCUCAGCCAGGACAUGCUGCUGACCCACCAGUGUGGCCACACCUCUGAGCACCCUGGGCCCUGUGCCCAGUGCCCCAAGCACUUUCCAGUGCAGCCGGAGCUGGGCAGCACCUCCCAGGAAUACGCUGGUGAGACACCCCCUACCUGCCCACACUGUUCCCGGACCUUCACACACCCCUCGAGACUCACCUACCACCUGCGAGUCCACAACAGCACCGAGCGCCCUUUCCCCUGCCCCGACUGCCCUAAGCGCUUUGCAGACCAGGCACGGCUUAGCAGCCACCGGCGCGCACACUCCAGCGAGCGGCCCUUCCGCUGCUCACAGUGCGGCCGCAGCUUCAGCCUGAAGCUCAGCCUGUUGCUGCACCAGCGGGGCCACGCGCAGGAGCGCCCCUUCUCCUGUCCACAGUGUGGCAUCGACUUCAACGGCCACUCGGCUCUCAUUCGCCACCAGAUGAUCCACACGGGGGAGCGCCCGUACCCAUGCACAGACUGCAGUAAGAGCUUCAUGCGCAAGGAGCACCUGCUCAACCACCGGCGGCUACACACAGGCGAGCGACCUUUCCCGUGCGUGCACUGCGGCAAGAGCUUCAUUCGCAAGCACCACCUCAUGAAGCACCAGCGCAUCCACACUGGAGAGCGUCCCUACCCCUGUGCUCUCUGUGGCCGAAGCUUCCGCUACAAGCAGACACUCAAGGACCACCUGCGCUCAGGCCACAGUGGGGGCUGCGCAGGCAACAGCAACCCCUCGGUGCCACCACCUGAACCACCUGGGCCGCUGCUUCCCGGGCUUGAAACCUCUGGCCUUGGCGUCAGCACUGAAGCCCUAGAGGCCAGUCAGUGGUAUGGGGAUGGGAGUGGAGAUGGGGUGCUGUAGCUGCGGCCUUUGCUCACCUGCUCUGUACAGCAGGCUCACAGCAAGCAGAAAGUCCAGGAGAAAGCCAGGGGCCCCCUCCACCCGCAGUAAUUAUAAUCUGAACAUGCUGAGGAAUUCGAGGUCAUCCACACGCGACUACUGUGUUUCAGAACUUCACAGCUGUGCAACGAUACCAUGUCUUGAAAUCCAGAAAUCCGGGAAAGGAGCCCAGCAUACCAUCUUUCCAAAGAUACUACAAAAGCAGAAGUUAGGGGACUGUGGAGGGAGGGUGGGAGCCCAGAUUUGCCCUCUAGCGGUCUUGGCACAGGGCCUCAGUGAGAUAUAUGUCUCUCUAGGUAGAGACAGGUGCACGGGAAGAGCCUUGAAACUUGAAGCCCAUCCUGAGGCAGGUGAAUGUGGAAGGCCUAUCAUUGGUUUCUUAAUAGAUGAUCUUGUGGGGCGGAGACAAGAUGAGUAGAAGAGUAUUGGUGAGUUCGUUCUUGGCUGAAUAUAAGAAUAACCUUGGGGGGCUGGGGAUUUAUUUAGCUCAGUGGUAGAACGCCUGCCUCGAAAGCACAAGGUCCUGAGUUGGAGCUCUGGUACCAAAAAAAAGAGAUUCAAAGAGAAUGCUGGAUUCCAGCAUGCACAUCUUCUGCAUAAGAGUAUCUGAGCCCUGGGUGUUUGUUGAAUUAGAAGUGCUGAGUAGCUAAGCACCUCCUUAUUUACUAAGACUGAGGUAAGUAAGAACUGAAGAGAAGCCAAUGAACUGCACUCAUCUACAGCAUUAAAACUUUGAAGAAGCCAGGUGUGGUGGCUCAUGCCUGUGAUCCCAGCACUUGGGAGGCUGGCA